AUGCUAGGAUGUUUGAGGUUCCCUAAAGACACCUCUCCCCGCAGGUUGUCGUCAGCACUGAGGGAGCCGGACAUUCACGAUGUUGUGAAGAAGUUGCGAAGCAUGCACAGCCUCAAGGACCUGAAGCAGACUUUGAGGCAUGAGCUGGUCCACGCCUUCGAUCACCUGGAGAUGAAGAUGGACUUUCGAGAUCCGUCGCAACUGGCAUGCAGUGAGAUUCGAGCAGCUUCUUGUGUGGAUUGCGAGAAGGUGUGGAAGGUGUUCAAGAGACACUGUGUCAGGCAUGUGGCCCUAAGGUCGACGACUGUCAACUUCGACGACAAGGCAGUUUGUCUUGUGCAGCCAUGGCUAGCGAAGACUGACAGGCUUCUUGCUGCAUGCCAGACAGCGACGGAGGCCGUGGACGACCAGCUGAACUACUGCUCUCUUGUAUGGGGAGUAGAGGAGAGGCUGCUACAGAGCUAA